UAACUAGCAAGGCAGGCAUAGAGGCAUUGCGCUUCCCACUCCGCUCGUCUCGUUUCCAUUUCUCAUCUACUUCUCAGUACCCUGUUUCGGACACACAGCUUCUGCUGUUUGACCAUGUCGCGGAGGAGAGCUUUCCUUGGCAUUUUCGUAAUUCUGGCGGCGCUCUUCGCCGCCGCAGCAACCGCCGAGGUGGAGGCGGAGGAGAAAGAAUACGUGCUGACUUUGGACCAUACUAACUUCUCCGACACGGUGGCCAAACACAAUUUCAUCGUCGUCGAGUUCUACGCCCCUUGGUGCGGACACUGUAAGAGACUUGCUCCAGAGUAUGAAAAAGCUGCAUCCAUUUUGAGUAGUCAUGACCCUCCAAUCACUCUUGCAAAAGUUGACGCCAGUGAUGAAGUAAACAAAGAACUUUCCACCAAAUACCGGGUCCAAGGUUUCCCAUCCAUUAAGAUCUUACGUGAUGGAGGAAACAAGGUUCAAGAUUAUAAAGGCCCUCGUGAAGCAGAUGGUAUAGUUACUUAUUUGAAGAAACAAGCUGGUCCUGCAUCAACUGAAAUCCAGUCCAGGGAAGAUGCUUCUUCUCUAAUUGAUGAGAAAAAGAUAUUUGUUGCUGGUGUAUUUCCAAAAUUUUCUGGGGCAGAAUUUGAAAACUUCAUAACUCUAGCUGAAAAACUCCGAGCUGAUUAUGAUUUUGCUCAUACACUUGACGCUAAACACCUCCCCCGGGGCGAACCAGUUGAUAAGCCCACUCUUCGUCUACUUAAGCCAUUUGAUGAGUUGUUUGCUGAUUACCAGGACUUUGAUGUUGAUGCAAUGGAGAAAUUUAUUAAUGAAGCUAGUACUCCUAUAGUGACUGUUUUUGACAAAAAUCCAGACAAUUAUCCCUAUAUUGACAAGUUUUUCAGGAGUAAAUUUGCCAAGGUGUUGCUGUUUGUGAACUUCAGUAGUGAACUUGAUGCGUUCAAGUCCAAAUACGAUGAAAUUGCAGCGUUUUAUAAGGGAAAGGAUAUAGGCUUUAUGUUGGGGGAUGUCAAGUCCAGUGGUGGUGUGUUUCAGUACUUUAAAGUGCACGAGGAUCAGGCACCUCUUGUCUUAGGACAGACAAAUGAGGGCGAAAAAUAUCUCAAGCCAAAUGUGGAACCUGAUCAAAUUGCAACUUGGGUAAAGGACUUCAAGGACGGUAAGUUGAAGCCAUUUCUAAGCUCAGAGCCUAUUCCCGAGAACAACAGCCAACCAGUGAAGGUUGUUGUCACUGAUAGCCUUGAGGAAAUGGUAUUUAACUCAGGAAAGAAUGUUCUACUGGAAUUUUAUGCUCCUUGGUGUGGCCACUGCAAGCAGCUAGCUCCAAUCUUGGAUGAAGUCGCAAUCUCACUUGAGAAUGAUCCCAAUGUCAUGAUUGCAAAACUAGAUGGAACCGCGAAUGAUAUCCCGAAAGGGAAGUUUGAAGUUAAAGGAUACCCAACUCUGUACUUCAAAUCUGCAUCUGGUAACCUGUUGCAAUAUGAAGGCAAUAGAACAAAGGAGGACAUUAUUGACUUUAUCCACAAGAACAGGGACAAGACUAUCCAAUCAGGCUCUGCAACAUCUGAAGAACCAUCCAAGGAGGAGCUGUAAGAAGGUUUGAAGAUUUUGAGGCUAGUUCGAGUUUGUGUCUGUUGCGGAACUGAAUAAAAUGCUAGGCAUGUAACACUUGUAGCAUUUCCAAUCUUGGGGUUGGGGUGUUUUCAGUUAGCUGUUAGCCCCUACCUCGUACCGUGUAACAAAACCUUAAAUAAAUCUGUGUUCUUCUAUCCUAA